AGGUGAUCCAUAUAUUUCUCUUUGAGGAGCCAAAAAACAGGCAGCUCAUGACUUCUGAUCAGGACACUAAAGUUGUGGCUGAAUGGCAGGUACAGCAAGUACAAGAAGUUAAGGACAAUUCUCAUCUGGAGCCAGCCAAGGUUUCUGAAUUAAAUCCUAAUGCAAAAGUGUGGGGGAAUCACAUGAUACACGUGGAAGCAACUGGUACUGAAGGUGGUGUGAGCAAAACCUGGGAAGAAAUAACAGAUCAUCCACCAGAUUCCUGUAAAAAAGGAAAUAAAGAAGACCUUCGGCCAGAAGGUCAAGAAGAUUUAGGAGAAGUGCUUAAAAAAACACUGGAGUUCUGCUUAUCAAGAGAGAAUCUUGCCAGUGACAUGUACCUUAUAUCUCAGAUGGACAGUGAUCAGUAUGUGCCAAUAAUGACAAUAGCUAACCUUGAUCACGUCAGGAAGCUGAGCACAGAUAGAGAUUUGAUUGUUGAAGUGCUGCGAUCAUUGCCUUUAGUCCAAGUUGAUGAGAAAGGUGAAAAAGUCAGGCCAAACCAAAAUCGCUGCAUUGUAAUUUUACGUGAGGUACCCGAAUCUACUCCAAUUGAUGAAGUUGAAGCGCUCUUCAAAGGUGAGAACCUGCCUAAGUUCAUCAACUGUGAGUUUGCCUAUAAUGACAACUGGUUUAUUACAUUCGAGUCUGAAGCAGAUGCGCAACAGGCUUACAGAUACCUUAGAGAAGAAGUGAAAAUUUUCCAAGGAAAACCAAUUAAGGCAAGAAUAAAAGCAAAAGCAAUAGCUAUAAAUACAUUUUUGCCAAAGAAUGGAUACAGACCUCUGGAUAUGAAUAUCUACACAGAACAGCAUUAUACAACAUCAUUGUACUUACCUCCACUAUACAGUCCCCAGCAGCAAUUUCCACUGUAUAGCUUGAUUGCACCACAGACUUGGUCUACAACACACAGCUAUCUUGAUCCAUCACUGGUCACACCAUUUCCAAAUACUGGAUUUAUCAAUGGAUUUACAGCUCCUUCUUUCAAGCCAACUGCUUCUCCCCUGACUUCCCUUAGACAGUAUUCUCCAAGAAACAGAAAUCCGAGCAAAUCACAUCUACAGCAUACAAUUUCUACUGCAGACAGAGGGACUGGAUUGCUAGAGUGUCCUACAAUAUUCGAUCUUUCUGCUGACCGAUUAAUCAACAGUGUUAGGAACCCACAAACCAGACAACCAGGACAGAACAGAACACAGAUGCAAAGUACUACAAGCUACAUGAAGCGAGAAGUAGGGAGCGGGCGAGUAGAAUCCACCACUUCAGAUUCAUCCCCCAGCUUAGGCAGAGGAAGAAAAAACUCUUAUGGCUAUCGAAAAAAGAGAGAUGACAAGUUCACGAGAGGACAAACACAGUCUCCACCAUCUCCAAAGCCACCAUCUCCAAGCUUUGAGCUUGGGUUGUCCAGUUUUCCUCCCUUGCCUGGAGCUGCUGGGAAUCUAAAGACUGAAGACUUGUUUGAAAACCAGUUGUCAAAUGUGAUUGUUGCAACAUCAAAAGAAAAAAACACAAAAGAUCAUAGUGUGGGUGCGAGUACAAACACUGUACCAUCUGGAGUUCCUUGUGAGCCUUCUUUGCCAGUUUCUUCUACUCUGCCAGGGACAUUUGAACAAUCUCCUUCCUCAUCUCAAUCUCCCUAUGAUCCCAAAGUUAUGGACAAACAGCAGAGAGAAACUCAAAAUAUUAAAAUACUUUCUUCUGUUCUUUCUACUGCUUGUAAAUCAGUACAAGUCAAUGGGGCUUUUGUAGCAGAGCAACGGAAACCUAGUUAUGCAGAAAUCUGCCAGAGGAUUAGUAAGGAUCCACCUCCAUUACAGUCCCCAAAAGAACAGAAGCCAAACACUGUUGGUUGUGGGAAAGUGGAAAAGAAGCCCACAGAAACACUAGAAAGAAGCAAAGAAUUGCCUCCUAUGAAGUCUAAAGACCAGCAGAGAUCAUCAGGAUGCAGGUCACCUCUUCCUCCAGCCAUUGGGAAAUGUCUAACUAAAGAACAGAAUGCCCCUCCAAAAUCUCCUCAAUGAAACUAAUACUUAGGAUGAAUUUCAAGAAAUUUUCACUAUGUUGCCACUCAGAAUACAAAGAAGGAGUUGCUGGUUAAAAGCUUGCAGGGGGUAUGAGGCAUAUGAAAUUCUUGCUAGGCAUUUUUCGUUGUUUGUUGUUUCUUUUUGUUUCUUUAUAAAAUAGAUUUUUCCUCUUUCUUGCAUCCCCACCAUCAAAUUCCCCUUGAGCAAACGGUCAACUCUGUCAGGGUUUAAUUAAUCUAAACCUUACAUUUGGUUGGUGCUGAACUUAAGAUGAUGCUUAAAAUCAUAUUUUCCCCCUUUAGGCAGAAGUUGCAUUUAUCUAAAAUCCAUUUUUUAUUAAACCUCUUUGAGGCUGUGUGAUUACAAGCACUGUCUAACGAGUUUUUUCCUAAUUUACUAGGCAGCAAGUGUUUACUAGUGCUGCUAUAGUUUUUAAAAUAACUGGGCUAUAAGUACAAAUCUUCAAAAAAAAUCCUGAAGACUAAUAAUAGCAGCUAAUGCAUAGGGUGUAAAGCAGAACAGAUGUUUUAUAAAACAGUAAGAUAAGUUUAACUUUUUCCUUCUAAAAUCCAGCAGCUGUAGCACAUCAGUAAAGAGGCUAUACUUUUUAAAAGUUUAAAAAAUAAAACUGGUUCUAAUAUUUUAAAUUCCAACCAUUUUUGUUUUGGCCAAAGGAGAACUUCAU